AUGAGUGGCCACCACGGCUAUGGCUCAUACGACCAGUACGACUCGGAUGAUCAGCAAGAUGCUUAUAGCCACACUGGUUCGGAUGACCAGGGUGGCUUAGCAAACCCUCACGGCCAAGAUGAUCAUGAAGACUCAAACACCCAGAACGCUGAAUAUCUUCAGAAAGUUGAAGAAUGCCUUGCAUAUUACGGUGAUCCCGACACUCAAGCCGCUUACCAGCACGUUGCGCACGCAGCUAGGGAUACACUGCAGGAUCUCCUCAAAGAGACUGGCACCAAAGGCGUGGUGACGUGCAGAAUCAAAGCUUAUGAAUCGCUGGAGACUAAGCUCAGAGGCAUGGAGAGUGAAGCCGAGUUUACUACCUUCGCGCUUAACGACGACAUCUUUCAGCACCAGGAUAUGGGAGACCUUGCUGCUGUUAGGAUCGGGCUAUACUUGCCGCAGGAUGUAAUCAACAUGGCAAAAGAGUGCCAGCAGCGGUUCAGCGUUGCCCAUCUCUUUGGCACCGUUGGUAGCGGGAGAGAUGCUCCACAAUCAGAUCGACAGAAUCUCGAGGGCCAUUCAAGAGGUCCUUGGCGGUCGCAGGAUCAAUAUGGCUCUGACGAGUACUGGCAACAUUCAGGUUACAAGUCUUGGCAGAUGGUGGUCAAUUGGGGGGGAGGGUAUAGAGUCGAGAUACAGAUUGGAACAGUCGUUUCGCAGGCUUGGGCUGAAGUACAGCACAACAUCAUCUACAAGAGGCCAGACGACAUCAUGUCAACUCCAACCAUGAAGCGUAUGAUCGACGCGAUCAAUGGUUUGGCUAUCACAACAGAGAUUAUUCUCAGUGAACUCGAACGUAACGUCGAGACAGCAAAGCAAGAGGAAAAGCUGCGACGCGCGACAGAAAGUCAAUACGACAACCAGCCCAUCACAGAGAUCGACGACUUUUUCGCAUGGUUUGAAGUGGCCUAUUGGUACAAAAUGCCUCAAGCCUUGGCUCUGCGCUGGGAGCCUGAUGCCAUCUCUGUGCAGAAACUUGUUGAGUUUUGCUCAAAUCCAGGACGACGAUGGGGCCUUGCUCCUAACAUGGGUUCUUACCGCGGAGUGGACUUCAAGAGACUGAUCGAGGAUAAUAAUUUGUUGCAGACUAAUCCUUUGAGUAACGAUAAGUGCGAUAUUGCUUAUCUGCUCCUGUGCCAGAUUGUGGACAAUCUUGGGAUUCGGGAAGAGUUUGAUGCGAGAGAGGAUGAGAGUCGGUACUGGGAUUCUGUGCCACAUCAGCCAGGCUGGAGUCGAUAA